CUGGAGCGGGAGGAGCGUGAGGAGGGAGAGGCAGCGCCAAGCAGCCAGGAGUUGGAGUCAGACCAGGAGCUUGAACCAGACUUGGAGUCCAAGUUGCUUUUGCUAAAGCAGCAACAACUAAAGAAGUUGAAAAGAUGCUGGUUAUUUUGGGACUGCUCACCUCCCUCCUUUCUUUCCUGUACUUCAGAGCUCCAUCCAUCAGGAAGUUCUUUGCUGGUGGGGUUUGUAGAUCAAACGUGCAGCUUCCCGGGAAGGUAGUGGUGAUCACCGGCGCCAACACGGGCAUCGGCAAGGAGACGGCCAGAGAGCUGGCUCGCAGAGGAGCCAGAGUAUACAUUGCCUGCCGAGACGUCCUGAAGGGGGAGUCUGCAGCCAGUGAAAUCCGAGCUGAUACAAAGAACUCCCAGGUGCUGGUGCGGAAACUGGACCUAUCUGAUACCAAAUCCAUCCGAGGCUUUGCUGAGGGCUUUCUGGCAGAGGAAAAGCAGCUCCAUAUUCUGAUCAACAAUGCAGGGGUGAUGAUGUGUCCAUAUUCUAAGACAGCUGAUGGCUUUGAAACCCACUUGGGAGUCAAUCACCUAGGUCACUUUCUUCUCACCCACUUGCUCCUGGAGCGGCUGAAGGAGUCCACCCCUUCACGGGUGGUAAACCUGUCAUCACUGCUUCACCAUGCUGGCAAGAUUCGCUUUCAUGACCUCCAGGGUGAGAAGCGCUACAACCGAGGUUUGGCUUAUUGCCACAGCAAGCUGGCCAAUGUGCUUUUUACACGUGAGCUGGCCAAGAGGCUCCAAGGCAUGGGGGUCACCACCUACGCUGUGCACCCAGGCGUCGUCAGCUCUGAGAUAGUCCGACACUCCUUCCUGCUGUGCCUGCUCUGGAGGAUCUUCUCCCCCUUCGUCAAGUCGGCACGGGAAGGGGCGCAGACCAGCCUGCACUGUGCCCUGGCUGAGGGCCUGGAGCCACUGAGUGGCAAGUACUUCAGUGACUGCAAGAAGGCCUGGGUGUCUCCAAAGGCUCGAGAUAACGAAACGGCCGAGCGCUUGUGGAAUGUCAGCUGUGAGCUUCUAGGAAUCCAGUGGGAGUAGAGCUGGUGGAGGGGCCACAGCUUUAUCAGGCCUAGUGCAUGCCUUAAUGAAAGGGGACCGAGGAGAAGGCCACCUUGGAAGGACCAUCCUCCUGGUUGGCUGCUCUUGAGAAUCCUGCCCUGCUCCAAUUCUCCCCACUCUUCUGGAAACCUUUGCGCACCCAUCGCUCUUGUGAGGCUGGUUCAUGGUGAACAAGAUGUUCACACACCUAUGGAGCAUUCUUCUCCAAGACUUGCAGAGUCAGCUGCCCUCUCUGGGCAGGAAGACUGGCCAGAUGCCAGGCUGGGCACAGGGAUGGCAGAAGAGUGUGGGAAAUUAGGUCAGUUUCCUCUCCAAUACCAGAAAUGCCAGCCAGCAUGCUCAGUUGAUGUGACAGGAGCGUCAGAGUGACAUACUGUAUUUCCCAGGGCUAUAGACCCAAACUCUGGGCUGAUCUCCUUCUUUGAGAUACUAGUCACAACUCCAGAGGCUACACCAACUCAGGAAAAUCUUGGCUUAUUCUUGGCCGACUUUGGUUUCUUUCUCUGAGCAUCCUGGAGCCACUGCAUGAAGCUGGACCUUCCCAUGUUCUCUUUCUGGUUCUUUUUAAGAAGUUGAAAAAAUUUUUUUCUAGAUUUGAGAUAUAAUUGAUACAAUAUUGAGUAAGUUUGGGCCUUCUCAUUUUUAAUCACAUAGAUGGUUUCUUUCUACGAAGUUCUCUUUACCUAAAAUUUUAGAGGGCGCCUGGGUGGCUCAGUCGUUAAGCGUCUGCCUUCGGCUCAAGUCAUGAUC